UGAGUGGUUCCGCGAUCGUGUCUUCCCUGUGUGAAGUCCAGUCGAGGCAAAACGUGCGCAAGGUGGCCAGGUGGUAUCGCCGCGUCCACGUUGCAUACCAGAAAUUUUCAAAAAUCGCGCGUCAACAAAUUUUUCAAAAAUCCCCAAUCUGCCCUGACCCUCUUCCACGUGACCGCGAUGUUCCUCCGAAGUGGUGAUUGUGAUCAGUUGAUUAUUAUUAUUAUUAACAGGCAAAUGUCACAGCUCAACGGUAGGCACACACGCUGUGUGUAGGAUUUUACCUGUGGUUUACUAACACGCAUUCAAACCGAGGAAUACAUACACAGGAGAAAUGACAACGAGGGAGCUUUACGCAAAGGAUGCGAAAGUAUGGGUACCACAUCCGGAGAAGGUUUGGGAGGGCGCAUAUCUUUUGGAAGAUUACAAAUCCGACAAAGGAACUUUGGAAAUACAAACAGAAGAAUCGAAUCAGACAAAAGUUUUAGAAAUCAAAAGUGAUGCCGACCUUCCGCCAUUGAGAAAUCCAGACAUCCUUAUAGGAGAAAACAAUCUAACUUCUCUCUCGUUUCUUCACGAACCUGCGGUUUUAUAUAAUUUGCAGAUUCGUUUUCAGAGGCGUUGCAUCUAUACUUAUUGUGGAAUAGUACUCGUUGCCUUUAAUCCUUACAAUGAAUUGCCCAUAUAUGGCAACGAUACAAUUUGGGCCUAUAGGGGCCAAGCCAUGGGUGACCUGGAACCCCACAUAUUUGCGGUCGCAGAAGAAGCCUACACCAAAUUGGAAAGAGAGAGUCACGAUCAGUCCAUCAUCGUCUCUGGAGAAUCCGGUGCUGGAAAAACGGUUUCUGCAAAAUAUGCAAUGCGGUAUUUUGCUACUGUGGGCGGUUCUUCGAAAGAAACGCAGGUUGAGAAAAAAGUAUUAUCCUCCUCUCCUAUUAUGGAAGCCAUAGGAAACGCCAAAACAACGAGAAAUGAUAAUUCUUCUAGAUUUGGAAAAUUUAUAGAAAUCCAAUUCAAUAAAAAUUAUCACAUCAUCGGAGCGAGUAUGAGAACCUACUUGCUAGAAAAGUCUAGAGUAGUUUUUCAAGCAAAUGGAGAAAGGAACUACCACAUAUUUUACCAAAUAUGUGCUGCCGCAAAAAAACAUCCCCACUUACGUUUAGCUUUUCAAAGUGAAUUUCAUUAUUUAAAUCAGGGUAACGAUCCUGUGAUCGAUGGUAUCGACGACUUAGCUGGUUUUGAAGAUACAGUAAACGCACUCACUACGCUCGGAUUUAGUUCUAAGCAACAGGAUGAUAUGUUUCGAAUUUUAGCGGCCAUACUUCACUUAGGAAAUGUUCAUAUUACAAAUAGUGAUUCUCAGGGAGGAGACCACGGUGAUUCCGAAGGAAGCACAAUAUCCGCAAAGGAUAAACACCUCCUUGCCAUUUCUGAAUUGCUAGGCACUGAUGUGAAUGCCAUGAGAAAAUGGUUGUGCCAUAGAAAAAUUGUCUCCAUGAAGGAAGUUUUUCUGAAGCCAAUGAGUGUAGACCAAGCUACUGGCGCGCGAGACGCUUUAGCGAAACACAUUUAUGCUGAGCUUUUUAAUUGGAUAGUAACUGGAAUUAAUAGCUCUCUGCAAUCACAGGCGAGAACCCAAUCAUUUAUCGGAGUUCUAGAUAUAUACGGAUUUGAAACCUUCAAAAUCAAUUCCUUCGAGCAAUUUUGCAUCAAUUAUGCCAACGAAAAGCUCCAGCAGCAGUUCAAUCAACAUGUCUUUAAACUUGAGCAGGAAGAAUAUCUCAAGGAAGAAAUAGAGUGGACCUUUAUCGAUUUUUAUGAUAAUCAACCGUGCAUCGAUCUCAUAGAAACUAAAUUAGGCAUUUUAGAUUUACUCGAUGAAGAGUGCCGGAUGCCAAAAGGAACGGAUAGUUCAUGGGCGGAAAAACUUUAUACAAAGUGUAGCAAAUCCAAGCACUUUUCAAAGCCAAGAUUUGGUACUGCUGCCUUUUUGAUACAUCACUUUGCUGAUCUGGUGCAAUAUGAAGCUGUAGGUUUUCUGGAGAAAAAUAGAGAUACGGUUAUUGAAGAACAAAUCGACAUUUUAAGGUCAAGUCAAAACAAGUUACUGAAGAAACUUUUCUCUGAAGAGGAUCCUAAACUGGCAGUUCCUAACGUGAGAGUUAAAGUUUCUGCGCAGAAGACGAGUACUCCUGGAGCUCCUAAGCAAAAUAAAAAGACUGUGGGGUCUCAAUUCCGUGAUUCAUUGAACAUGCUAAUGUCGACCCUGAAUGCCACAACUCCUCACUAUGUCCGAUGCAUCAAACCCAACGAUACAAAGGAAUCCUUCGAAUACAAUCCAGUCAGAGCAGUCCAACAACUUCGGGCCUGUGGUGUCCUCGAAACCAUCAGAAUAUCGGCCGCUGGCUUCCCCAGUCAGCGAACCUAUUCCGACUUCUUCCAGAGGUUCAGGUGCCUCUGCAAAUUCAAAGAAAUCAGACGAGACGACCUUCGGGAAACCUGUCGUCGAAUCCUCGCCACCUACAUCAAAGAUGAUGACAAAUUCAAAUUCGGAAAGACCAAGGUCCUCUUCAGAGCCGGUCAAGUCGCCUAUCUAGAAAAGCUUCGAGCUGAGCGACAACGGGAUGCCUGUAUGACGAUACAGAAAACAGCCCGAGGUUUUAUUUGUCGAAGGAGAUUCAAAAAAAUUCAAAGGUCCAUCCUGGGUCUUCAGAGGCAUGCGAGAGGAUUUCUGGCCCGGAGAAGAGCCCAAGCUGUUCGAGAACAACGAGCUGCGAUAAAAAUCCAAACUCAGGUCAGAAGUUGGCUCGCAAGGAAGAGGUUCCUGGAUCUGAGACGCACUAUUCUAGGUUUGCAGACUUAUGGAAGAGGUGCCAUGGCUAGGAAGAGAUUCCAAUUGAUGAAGGACAUAGCGGCUGCUACAGUAAUUCAAAGAUUUGCGAGAGGAUACCUGGUGAGAAUGGAGUGCAAGAAGAAGUUGCAUAACAUCACCAUUGUUCAGAAUUGUGUGAGGAAGUUCCUGGCAAGAAAGGUCUUCAAGCGGCUGAAGGCUGAAGCUAGGAGUGUGGAACAUGUCAAGACACUGAACAAAGGCCUCGAGAUGAAGAUCAUUUCGCUGCAGCAUAAGAUCAACGAAUUAGCAAAGGAGAACCAACAUCUUAAAACAACGCAGAGUGAGGUUUCUGAUCUGAAGUCGAAAUUGGAAGGCCUGAAGGCACUAGAGGUCGAAAACAAAAAACUACAUGGGUUAGUUUUAGAAAAAGAGAAAGAACUCGUGAAGGUGAAAGAUUUCAUCGAAAAAGAAAGAGACGAGAAGAUGGAUCUUCUUCAGGAAAAGGAGAGGAGCGUCCAGCAGAAGGACGAAGAAAACAGAACAGUGCUUGCGGAAAAUGAGCAAUUGCGAAAAGAACUGGCUCUGGCGAACGAGAAAUUAAGGACCAAUCUUCGAGGAGCAGAAGAAAAUCUCAAGUACAGGCUGGAACAAGAAAAGGAUCUUCUUCUACUGGAUCAAGACCAGGAUCGAAAUGCUUACCAGAAAUUAUUGAAAGAUUAUCACGAUUUAGAGCAUCAAGUGGAAUUCCUUCAACAAAAACUGGCUCAUAAUGUUCCAGGACAUUCUCGCUCUCUCAGCAACGCCUCGAGCGGAAGUGGACACAUUCCAGCAGAUGACACAAAUAUUGAUUUUGGGUAUGGAUCGGUUAAAUCAACAGCUUCUUCGAGCACAGCAUACUCCAGAGUGGAGGCCAUCGACUGGAAUCAACAGCGAACUGAUAGUCCACCAGAUGGAGAAGUUUCGUUGACGAAAUCACCUGUAGAACGAAAUGGACCAACUCAAGGUCCUGUCGAUGUUAGUCUUGUUCUUAAACUUCAACAAAAGCUUAAAGAUGUUGCAAAGGAAAACGGAAGGUUGAUCAGAAUGGUUGAAAGUUUGGAACGAGAUACUCCUGAAGAAACUUUAAGGACUCAGGAUGCAUUCAGGUUUUAUGAUUAUUUUCAGCUUCAAGAACUGGAAAUGGAAAACGCUCAGUUGAAAAAAGAUUUAGGAUCAAUCAGGAAAACCGUAUCUGACGCAGAUCCUGCACUUGCUCAUCAGAAUUUGAUGGGACAAUUUGAUGCACUUCAAGAAGAAUUGGAAAGAAGGAGAGAAGAAUGUAUCCAAUUGCAUAGUGUUUUGGCUGAUAAUACAAAACGAAUGAAGAGUCUUGGAUCGAAUUAUGGCCGAGAUGUGGAUAUUGUAAACGAAGAUGGAGAGUUGGCAUUAGCCUUCGAAGCUCAGAAAAAAAUAAACAGGCAAUUGGAAGAUGAGCUUCAAGAAAAGGAAAAAGGCUGGCGUGAGCAAAGAAAUGAGUGGCGCGCUGAAAUUGACAGAUUACAAGAAGAAAUUCAUCGGCAACAAAAAUUGCUUUCAGUCAAUUUGAGUAAAGCCCCACAAACGCAGAAUGAAGCAUACAUGCAACACGAAAUAACUCGAUUAGCCUCAGAAAAUUUGGAUCUUCAAGAGAAAUAUGACAAAAUAGCAGAGGUAUGCAGAAACUUGAAGAAACAGUGCAAGAUUCUUGCCAAACGUCUUAAAGAAGCUGGCUUACCAGACAACGUAGAUUUGGUAAAUGGUUCGGCUACAACGACCAAUCAUUUGUCUUCAGAAAGUGGAAAUAACCUACCAGCAAUCCGGAAAAAGGAACGAGAUUAUGAAGGCAUGUUCGAGUUUAGAAAAGAAGAUAUUGCAGUCAUUAUUCGACAUCUUGUUAUUGAUCUAAACCCGAGAAUAGCCGUGACCUUACUUCCCGGACUUCCGGCCUAUAUUCUCUUUAUGUGCAUAAGACACACCGAUUGUGUGAAUGAUGACGACAAAGUUAGAUCCUUAUUAACAGGCUAUUUGAAUGCCGUGAAAAAAGUAGUGAAAAAACGGGAAGAUUUCGAUUCGAGUGUCCUCUGGUUAAGCAACACCCUUCGAUUGUUGCACAACAUGAAGCAAUACUCUGGCGAUAAGCCCUUCCAAAUCGAAAAUACACCUCGACAAAACGAUCAGUGUCUGAGAAAUUUUGAUUUGAGUGAAUACAGAGUAGUCUUGAGCAAUGUUGCUCUCUGGACCUUUAAUACUAUCGUCAACAAUCUGAAGGAUCGGAUUCAGGCUUUAACGGUACCGGCUCUUUUAGAACAUGAGGCCAUUUCCGGCCUGGAUUCGAACAAACCAGGCCGUGGACGAUCUUCUUCAGUCGGUGAAGAACCAGAAUCAACACAGCAAAAGCUUGAGAAAUUGUUGGAUGAACUCAGUUCAGUGCACACAACUCUUCAGUACCAUGGUGUUGAUCCUGAAAUUAUCGUGCAAUUAUUUAAACAACUGUUCUACUUUAUGUGCGCAAGUGCUCUGAACAAUCUGCUCCUGAGGAAUGAAUUGUGCCAUUGGACGAAGGGCAUGCAAAUCAGGUAUAAUCUAAGUCAUCUAGAACAAUGGGCAAGGGACAGUAGACUUGUGGAUGCUUCUGAGGCGCUUUUACCGAUCGUUCAAGCAGCUCAGUUACUUCAAGCACGAAAGAGAGACGAAGAUGUUGAUUCCGUUUGCGACAUGUGCAACAAACUAACUGCAAAUCAGAUAGUAAAAAUAUUAAAUCUCUAUACACCUGCCGACGAAUUCGAAACUCGCGUGCCAGUCUCCUUCAUAAAGAAAGUGCAACAAAAAUUACUGGAACGAAACGAAAACACUGAACAGCUCUUGAUGGACCUGAGAUUUUCAUAUCCUGUGAGGUUCCCCUUCAAUCCUUCGAACAUCCGGUUAGAGGACAUCGAAGUACCGGAAGUUCUUCAUCUACCGAUGCUUAAAAAAGUUUAAGAUCAUUUUGCAUUCACUGCUGACGAUCAUAGUAUCAUAAAGGUAAAAUAAUUAUACAAAUAAUUGAGGUUCAUACAAUCUGGACUUGGGAAUCAAAAUUUAAGGACCUCACCCGCUAAAUUCGAAUUCUAGACUUAUUAUUCAUUCUCGGAGAGAUGGAGGAAAUGCCUGUUUUACAAAAACAAUUCGUUCGUCGUUCGCAAAGUCAUUUUUAUCCUCAGAAGGCAUUUCUUCCACUUCUUUAAAAGAAAAAGAAAAUCGAAUAACACUGGGUAGCAAUACAGUAGAUGAGGUUAGAAUAAUUUAAAAACCACAACCGUUUUAUAUACACAUCGCUUUCCUUUUUUUUUAACGCGAACUGUGUAUUUUAGAUGAUUUAUUAUCCCUUGCAUCACUUGGCGUUCAAAAAUGUCGCGCAUUUCAUGAAAUAUAGAAAGUACACUCAACUCCCGAUAUAAGGCACCCUGGUUUAGGAUCAAGGCCAAUGCAAGCCAAGUUUGAAAUCGGUCCUAAUCGGGAGUUGAGUGUAGAGCCUAUUUUCAAUUGUAGAGAAAAUUAUAAUAAGUGGAUGAAAAAAAAAUAUAUUAGAGGACGAAUUCUGGAGGAAUCUUAGGUAAUUGUUUAAGGAAGGUGGAGAUAGAAACUUAAAAGUAUUACAUCCUUUGUAUAAAAAAAAAAGACAUACGUGAGGCAUAAUAUCCUUUUACGAAACGAUUUUGUUUCCCUUGUAAAAUAGUCUGCGAUUGAUCAAUUAUAAAAUAAAUUACUAAUUUAUUCUCGAAUUCAUUUCGAAAAAUAAUUUUCCUUCGCAUCAUCGGCUAUAAAGUAUAAAUAUUUAUCUACAUUGUAAUUAAAAUGUGUAAAAAGAGAGAAUCGAGAGAUACUAUAACGUUAUGUUGGACUAGAUUGUAUAUUUUGUGAUACGUGGGGAUUGUUGAGAAUUGGGGGGGCCUUUUUUGGCCUUCAGAGAGGAAGGUAUAAUUGGGUAGCUACAACAGCGCCACCAGUUUGGAACUAUUGGAAAAUUUUAAUUUCAAUUCAAUAUUGACAAGAAAUCUUGUCGUAAAUAAUUAAUUUUAGACCACAGUAUUCAUGUUUUUGAUUAUAAUUAAUUGACAUUCUCUGCUCUUUUCCAAUACGAUUGCUAUAAUUUUGAAAUACCCAAAAGUUCGCGUUUCAGAUGGCGCUGCUGUACCCUACGGGCGUAUUAUACAAAUAUAAAUUAUAUUACUGUUAAUAUAUCG